AAAGUAUAAAAGGUUUUCCAGAAUAGCUUAAUUCUCAAAAUCAUCGUAGUAUCACCCAACCAUGUUUCGUUUAGUGUUUGUGGCUUUUCUUGCACUUGCUGCAGCAAAACCUCAUGCUGAGCCAGCUGAGUUUACAAACUAUAGCUCCCGAGUCCCUGGUGAUCAACUCAUUUGGCAGUCUUCAAAUGGCAGACAAAAUUUGAAUUUCUUUGGAAAAUCGACUUUUGAAAUUGAUUAUCCACAAAAUGGUUCACGUUCACCUUACAUUAUAACACAUAUCAACAUUUUGGCGCUUAGGGAAAAUACAGGAUUGAUGGAAACAAGUUUGUACGGCGGAAUUGGAACUGAUUUUAUGAGACUUAAACUCAUUGCAAAUAGUGUUCUUGAUGGAGAUUAUAAAAUUUCAGUUUAUGGCAAAAAGAAGUGAAUACAUUAACACUCUAAAGAUAUGUGUUAAUUUUAAAUAAAAUGGAUUUAAAAUUCAAAAAAGUA